CGCCCACGCUGAAUAUUUGCUACAAAUAUACAGAAGAUAUACACAGAAAGCGUGCCAGUCAUAAGCUGUCUCCAUGGUAAUGAAGUCGCCGGUAGAGGAGGAGGAGGGAGGGUGGGCUCUCGGGAUUCCAGAAAAGAUAGGAGACAAUGCCAACUGGGUGGACAUUACCCAAGACUUCAAAGGAGCUUGUAAAGAACUCAAACUGGGCGAGUUGCUCCAUGACAAACUGUUUGGCCUGUUUGAGGCAAUGUCAGCCAUUGAGAUGAUGGAUCCAAAGAUGGAUGCUGGGAUGAUCGGAAACCAAGUGAACCGAAAAGUUCUCAAUUUUGAACAAGCUGUGAAGGAUGAGUCUAUAAAAGUGAAAGAUCUGAGUGUACCUGAGCUCAUCGGCAUCAUGGACAUUUGUUUCUGUUGUCUGAUCACAUGGCUGGAGGGGCAUUCUCUUGCUCAAACUGUAUUCACAUGUCUGUAUGUUCAUAAUCCUGAUCUGAUACAAGAUCCCGCUCUCAAAGCCUUCACUCUGGGCAUCCUCAAAAUCUGUGACAUCGCCCGUGAGAAAGUCAACAAAGCUGCUGUGUUUGAAGAGGAGGAUUUUCAGGCAAUGACAUAUAGCUUCAAAAUGGCAAACAAUGUGACAGAUCUGAGAGUGACAGGAAUGUUGAAGGAUGUUGAGGAUGAACUUCAGAGGAAAGUGAAGAGUACACGCAGUCGACAGGGUGAACAACGUGAUCCUGAGGUGGAACUAGAUCAUCAGCAGUGUUUAGCUCUGUUCAGCCGGGUUAAAGUCACUCGUCUGCUGCUCAGUGCGCUCAUCUCCUUUACUAAAAAAGAGACGAGUGCUGUGAGUGAAGCACAGAAGCUAAUGAUUCAAGCCGCUGACUUACUGUCUGCCAUACACUCCACUAUACAGUAUGGCAUUCAAUCCCAGAACGACACAACCAAAGGAGAUCACCCAAUCAUGAUGGGGUUCGAGCCAUUGGUUAAUCAGCGCCUGCUCCCACCCACUUUCCCGCGCUAUGCCAAGAUCAUCAAGAGAGAGGAGAUGGUCAACUACUUUAGCAAACUCAUUGAGCGCAUUAAGACUGUCUGUGAGGUCAUCAGCAUAACCAACCUGCAUAGCAUCCUGGAUUUCUUCUGUGAGUUCAGUGAGCAGUCUCCAUGUGUGCUGUCUAGAUCUCUGCUACAGACCACCUUUCUGAUUGACAAUAAGAAGGUGUUUGGUACUCAUCUGAUGCAGGAUAUGAUUAAAGAUGCUCUGCGAUAUUUUGUCAGUCCUCCUGUCCUGUCCACAAAAUGCAGUUUGAAUAAUAACCAUCAGGCCAAAGAUUACAUUGAAUCCUUUGUUACGCACUGCACACGGCCGUUCUGCAGCCUCAUCCAGAUUCACGGACACAACAGAGCACGCCAGAGAGACAAACUGGGUCACAUACUAGAAGAGUUCGCCACUCUUCAGGAUGAGGCUGAGAAGGUGGACGCUGCUCUUCAUGGUCUGCUGAUGAAGCUUGAACCUCAGCGACAGAAUUUAGCCUGUCUGGGCACCUGGAUCCUCUAUCACAACCUGAGAAUCAUGAUCCAGUACCUGCUCAGUGGCUUUGAGCUGGAGCUCUAUAGCAUGCAUGAGUAUUAUUACGUCUACUGGUAUCUGUCCGAGUUCCUGUAUGCGUGGCUGAUGUCAACGUUGAGUCGAGCAGACAGCUCUCAGAUGGCCGAGGAGAGAAUCCUGGAAGAGCAGCUCAAAGCACGAAGCAACAAAAAGAGCAAGAAAAAGAAGAAGGCUCGUCCUCUUAGUAAAGAGAUCACUAUGAGCCAAGCGUACCAGAACAUGUGUGCUGGCAUGUACAAGACUAUGAUAGCAUUGGAUAUGGACAGAAAGGUGCAUAAACCUCAGUUUGAGCUGGACAGCGAGCAGGUUCGCUACGAGCAUCGUUUCGCCCCGUUCAACGGUGUCGUCACACCUCCACCAGUGCACUAUAUUCAGUUUAAGGAAAUGUCAGAUCUAAAGAAGUACAAUCCUCCUCCUCGCUCAGCGGAUCUCUAUAUGGCCGCCAGUAAACAUUUCCAGCAGGCCAAACUCAUACUUGAAAACGUGACCAGCCCUGAUGCAGAGGUUAAUCGCAUCCUUAAAGUUGCCAAACCCAACAUUGUUGUAAUGAAACUACUUGCUGGAGGACACAAGAAGGAGACCAAGGCUCUUCCUGAAUUUGACUUCUCUGCACACAAAUACUUCCCCAUUGUCAAGAUCAUUUGAGAUCAGAACUCCUCUGGUUGAAACAUGAACCCUCAUGAUGGCCACUGAACAAAUGAAUUUUCAUAACCUAAAUGAUACAACAGUUGGUAACAAGACCAUGUUCUUCUGUUUAAAGAUUUGACAUUAAGACAUUGAAUCAUAACUAUUUGUAUUAAAGGUCUUUCUGGCUUUUUUGAUUCCAGUGUCUUCAGAAAAAAUCCUCAACUCACAGAUCAGGUUUGACAAGAUACAUAAAGUGAAGUGUAUUAACACAUUUUUGAGCAGAUCUCAGCCUGAUAUUUUAUUUUUUGUACUGAGUAAACUUCAAAUGGACAAAAGGUGUGUGUGUGUGUGUGUGUGUGUGUGUGUGUGUGUGUGUGUGUGUGUGUGUAAGAGCUCAACUCCUUAAAUUAUUUAAUGUUUGUUUCUGGUGCGAUGUAAAACUUGUGCAUUUCAGAUCUGUGUUCUCAAUCUUUUUUUAAGAGGCUGUAAUUCUCUUAUGCUGAAAAUAAAGUGAUACAAGUUUGAUUUUUUUUGUAUUAAAUAUUUCAAUAAAUUAAAAUGAAGGUUCUAAAGCAAUAAGCAUGCAACAUGGGUUAUGGGCCUAAUUCAUGUAACAAGAUCGGAAUCAAUUUGUGUAUAAAUAGUAAAGUAAAACUCGUUAGUAAAACGAGUAUGUAAAUUGUCCUAUUUAAUGCAAUGUAAUGGAUUCAUUAAUUAUUGAUUUUUUUUUCUUCAUGAAUUAGUCCUUAUGUUUGGAAUGGCAUGCUACGUACAGAUGUUAUUUAGUUUGUAGUAUGCAGUAUGUAUACUGCAUAGUAUGGAAAAUUGCCAGUAUACAUGUAAUACCAGGAUGAUCUAUUAAAGUUGCCUAAAUGCAUUUAAGCUGUUAUUUCUAGCAUGAAGAAUGAACGUUUUUUUCUUCUUUACUCGUUAUUUCUUCAGAUUGCUAAAAGUUAAAGGAAUAGAUCACCCAAAAUGUUUAAUUCUCUCAUCAUUUCCUCACACUCAUGCCAUUCCAGAUUUCUUCUGCAGAACACGAAUGAAGAUCUUUAGAAUAAUAUCAGCUCUUUAGGUCCAUAUAAUGCAAGUGAAUGGUGACCAGAAAUUUUAAGCUCAAAAAAGCAGCAUAAAAGUAAUCCAUAACACACCAGUGUUUUAGUCAAUGUCUGCUGAAGCAAUGCAAUCUGUUUUGGGCAAGAACAGACCAAUAUUUUUUUUUUUUUUACUAUAAAUCAUGCCAUUUCAGUCUCUAGCCACUAGGGUUGUGCAGCACACUCUGUAUUCGGAUAGAACUUGUUGUGGGCUUAAACCGGAAGUGCGACAAAACUAAAAGAAACCAUUUUCUUUAAACGUAACUCUAUUACAUGUAUAGUUUUUAUGAAUAAAAUAUGCCUAUUCGUAAUAAUAGCCUUAUACAAAUUGUUAUUAUUAGGCUACUGUGAAUAUUAUUGUUAUUGUGCUAUUAUUAUUUUCUCUUUUUGUCUUACCAGUUGAAGAUGUAUAUGUAGGUUCAUGAACUGUAGAAUAUGUGGUUA